AUGUCCAUGGAGAACCCCAGGCCGCCCCCCCCUGCCAUCACCCCUCCCAUGGCUCCCCUCCCCGUCCACCCGCCCAUUGCUCCCAUCCCCAUCCCCGUCCCACCCUCCACAUCCGCCGCUGCCGACGAUGACGAGGUCGACUACGAGGUCUCCGACGACCACCACGCCGCGCGGGAGCGCCACGAGCGCGCCGUACAGGAGCUCCUGCAGCGCCGACGCGCCUACACCAUGGCCGUGCCCACCAACGACUCCGCCGUGCGCGCGCGCCUCCGCCGUCUCGGCGAGCCCAUCACGCUCUUCGGCGAGCGCGAGAUGGAGCGCCGCGACCGCCUACGCGCACUCAUGGUCCGCCUCGAGGCCGACGGCCAGUUCGACCGCCUCCUCCGCGUGCAGGAGGACGAGCAGGGAGCCCCGGGCGACGACGACGACAUGGAGCAGAUCCAGUAUCCUUUCUUCACCGAGGGUACCAACCAACUGCUCCAGGCGCGCGUUGAUAUAGCUAUGUACUCACUGCCCCGCGCUAAGGCCAGGGUCGACAGGGCCAAGCGCCGCCUCGCUGACCCCGACGAGGACCCCGAGGCAGAGGCCGCCCUUGUUGUCAAGCAGGCGGGGGACUUCGUGCUUGAGUGCAGCGAGAUUGGAGAUGACCGCCCGCUCACCGGCUGCUCCUUCUCCCGCGAUGCCUCAAUGCUCGCCACAAGCUCCUGGAGCGGGAUCAUCAAAGUAUGGAGCAUGCCACAGAUAACUAAAAUUGCAACCCUGAAAGGUCAUACAGAACGUGCAACUGAUGUUGCCUUCUCUCCAGUUGAUAACUGCUUAGCGACAGCCUCAGCUGAUAAAACUGCAAAAUUAUGGAACAGCGAUGGGUCACUCCUAAUGUCUUUUGAUGGUCACCUGGAUCGUCUUGCUCGCGUUGCUUUUCAUCCAUCUGGAAAGUACCUUGGUACAGCUAGCUUUGACAAGACCUGGAGAUUGUGGGACAUCAAUACUGGAACUGAACUUCUACUCCAAGAGGGACAUAGCAGAAGCGUAUAUGGUGUUAGCUUUCAUCCAGAUGGUUCUUUAGCUGCAUCUUGUGGGCUUGAUGCGAAUGCUCGAGUUUGGGAUCUAAGGUCAGGAAGAUUGUACUGUACUCUCAUUGGACAUGUGAAACCUGUCCUAGGAGUCAGCUUCUCCCCUAAUGGUCAUCUAGUUGCAACUGCAAGUGAAGACAAUUUCUGUCGAAUAUGGGAUUUGAGGACCAGACAAAUGUUAUAUUCUAUACCGGCACAUAAGAGUCUUAUCUCGCAUGUGAAAUUUGAACCCCAGGAGGGUUAUUAUUUAGCGACAUCCUCCUAUGACACUAAAGCAGCGGUAUNNUCAACUCAGGAUUACAAGGCAAUUAAAUGCUUGGCAGGCCAUGAGUCAAAGGUCACUAGUCUGGAUAUUAGUGGAGAUGGACAACAGAUUGUGACUGUUUCACAUGAUAGAACUAUAAAGAUCUGGUCAUGCAGAAGCACAGGACGGGAUAAUGAGAUGGAGUUGGAUUAA